AUGAAGUUGGUAUUGAGUGUUUUUUUGUUGGCUACGCUGGUUGAAGCAUAUCAGGUUGGUAUCGAGCCUGGAGAUGCUGCUUGCUUUCAUAUGAACUUCCAAACGGACGAUUACGUUAAAGUGCAAUAUGAAGUAAGUUUUAACUGCUGAUUUGGUAUUUAUAGCUUAUUCAUUUUUACUUUUUUUGAAAUUUAACGAAUAUUGUUUUAGGUCCACGCAGGAGGUUAUUUGGACAUUAAUUUCAACUUGACCAGCCCUUCAAAUGAGCUCUUGCACACAACAUUGAACACUUCUGCUCAUUUCAUGUUCCGUUCGUCGCAUGUUGGAAAUUAUAAGAUUUGUUUUGACAAUUCUUAUGGAGUUAGCCAGCAGAUCAAGGAGAUUAGCUUCUUCUUCGAUAUAGAUCAAACAAAAACUAUGGAAAAGGUUCAGCAUCAUCAUGGAUCUAAUACUUGUAAGUUUUAAGUAUUUUAAAUUGAUAUUGAAUAAUUUUUUUUGUUAAAAAGUAAAGUUAUAUUAACAUACAUACUUCAGCGCAAUGAUUUAACUUUAAAAUUUUUGAAAUCGAUUUUGAAACUUUAGAUUUUACACACGGAUUACCCAUGAUGCUCAAGUGCUUUAUGCAAAUUUUUAUGAAAAUCUGUCGUGCCUAACAUUUUUUACCUAAAAUUUCCUUCCUCGACCACCUAAAAUAAAAUAAUAUAAUUUUAGCUGAUCACGAGCGCCUCGUGAGCAUGGUGCACAAUUUGAAAGAACAGUUGUACGAAGUGAACAGUGAGACAUAUUUCUUGCAAAUGCGACAAAAAUGGCACUCUGUAAUUGUCUAUAAAACCAACUUUUCCGUGGUCGCCUUCGGCGUCUUCCAAUGCAUUUUCAUGGCUGUUGGUGGAUGGCUCCAGGUCUAUUAUACUCAAAAGUUCUUCGAAGUCAGAUUGUGCGUAUAG